UCGCUGCCUCAUGAUCACAACAAGCUCCCUGGCCUCAGGGGUAACAUUUUCUGUUGCGUCUGAAAUUUUGGUUAUGACGGUUGAGCUUCAUGUUCAUGAUCAUGAUGAGUGCAGACUGCCAGUACUGCCAGUAGGCAGUAGCCUACUGCAACAUUUUCUUAGAAUUAUGGUGUAGGUUCAUUAGAAGUACAUUGUAAUGUAAUCAUGGUAAUGCAGCAGAUCUAACUCAGCGUUGUAAUGUGAACUAUGUCGCCAGCGUUUUCACCGGAGAACAGCGGGUAACGUGGGUCGGAAAUUCUCGUCUCCGCUAGCUGCUCGAAGUCGCAGGGCGCAGAAUCUACGCGCGGCCAGGGAGUCGCUUCUCAGUGCAUGCAGCAAUGAAUAACGAAGGUGAUGAGAGGCAGUCGCUGAUCUUUGUUGCUGCAACUGCAAGUGCAAGGCAAAGCCAAAGAACAUCAACAACGGGGAGUGCCCGACUGUGCUCUAAAUGGCACUCGUCCUACAUUAUUUUGCUGGUAUCUUUGUUGGAAAGAGUCGGCAAGGUCGGACUUGCGGUGAAUUUGGUGCAGUAUCUGAAAUUUCACGGCUUCUUGGGAUGGAGCUCCGCCAGUGCCACAAUUGCCGCCUUGCUCUGCACGAAGUUUACCAUGCUGGGUGCCGUUAUUACAGGACUUUUGGCUGAUACGCUUUUUGGGCAUUUUAGAGUGUUGUUGGCAUCACUCCUGCUACAGUUUGCUGGUUCACUGCUGCUAUUGACAGCCACACUUGAUGAAUUUGAAGUGAAAAGUGACGAUGAACACCGUGAGCUCUUCCAGGGUUUGGUAACGUCCGGUCUUGUCAUGUUUGGUCUAGGUCUUGCAGGAUCGGCGGGAACCGAGAUCCCUCUGGGCGUCAGCCAGCACGAUCUCAAAAAAGAAGGCGAACAGAAGGCCAAGGUUUUCUUUCCGCGCUACUACUGGUGCAUCAACGUCGGUUCGUUCUUCGGCACAUUGUGUGGAGUUCUACAAGUGCAGGUACGAUACCAUCUGUAUGGCUACAUUCUACCUCCAGUGUUCUACCUUCUUAGUAUUGCAGUUCUGCUAGCCAUGAACAAAGCGAUACUUACAGAGAAGCCGUCACGGGCAAACCCUUUUUCGGACAUAUGGAGUGUCGCUAAGGAAGCUAUCCGAGUACGGUGGAUCCAGGACAAGGUCGAGACAGCCAAGCUGAUCCGGGAGAAUCAGAAGCCAAACAGAAAGUAUUGGAAGGACUCUGGCGGGUCCCUUGCCAACUGGGUGAGACAUGCUGAAGAGACGUGCGGUGGCGGCAUGAAGUACAACACGGUGGCCAAGGCACACAACUUCCUCUCGGUAGUAGCUGUACUAUCCAUCAUGGUCUUCUGUCAGAUCACCUUGACUCAGACAUUAACAUCAUUCGUGUCCCAGGGCAAUCUCAUGACAUUGCCAAUUCCAAGGGUGUCGAUGAACCGCACUUCCUUCUACAUCCCAGCUUCAUUCUUCAACGUCUUCAAUAACAUCGGCAUCCUGUUGGGUAUUCCCCUUGUGAUCUACGUCAUCUACCCACGCUGGCAGUCGUUUUCCCAGGGUGCUCCACCAAGUCAUCUGAAACGCAUCACUGCCGGGAUGGUGAUCGCCAUUCUGGCUAUUGUAGCCGCCACGGUACUGGAAGUUAUGAGGCGACAAAAUGGAAGGUGGAACUCUGUGACGGUGGCAGACCACACGGAUCCCAGCAUCACCCUGACUGUUUCCAGCCUCUCCAUUUUCUACCAGAUCCCGCAGUACUCGUUGUCAGGAAUUUCCGAGGUCUUUAUCAUCGUAUCUGCUUUGGAAUUUGCCUACUCGCGUGCACCUACACGAAUGAAGGGCAUCGCCGUGGGACUAGUGUACGCAUCUACUGGACUCUCAUCCGUUGUGAGUGUAGGUACUUUGUUGCUGAUUCAAAAAUUCGAUGAUACCAUCUUCUACAGGAGCAAUCAACAAGGGGAGGUGCACUACUUCUUCCUAACGCUUGCCUGCAUCAUGGUACUUGGCCUGGUCAUGUUUCACAUUAUUGGCAGACAUGUCAAGCCAGUGCCCAUCUUCUCCGAGCCUUUUGAAAGCAGUGCCCGGCAUCAAACUUCGUAUGGCAGCGCAAUAAACAGUUAUUCAGCAUAGCAAUCUCAGGCAUGCUACAGAGAAGUAUGCAUUGGACCGAUUUACGUAUCUUCAAGUAUUUGCCAUGUGCUUCUAUUCUCGUAGCUUCAGUGUGAUUUAUUUGUGAUAAUUAUAUUGUCACCUUCAAACAACUGGGACGUACUCUAUUCGAUGCAGAGUACAACAGUAAGUUAUAUAGUAGCUUAUAAGGAGCUAGGUGUUGCAAAUCGAUCAUGUCACCUCAUGUGGCUGGUGGGCAUUCUGGUUCCUACUCGAAUUAAUCCCCUGCUUCAAGGAUUCACCUGGUGUUAGCUAUGUUGGGCUCACUGUCUACAUGCCAUGUCCACCUGCUACGCAAAUGCAGGUACUUGAGAAAGGUGCACAGCAGCUCUGCUCGAGCAGCCAGUUUGAAAUCCAUAUGGAAUAAUAGAAUUGUGUCUUUCCCUCAAAUCAGUGAAGAAUUGUGCUAAUUGUUUAUUUACUUGAAGUACUUAUUUCUAGGUUCAUUGACUACUCCUAAAGAUUGCUUCUCUCUUCUCUUGCCCGAACAAUUUCUGUCGUAAAGCGGCAGACUCAGCAUUCUUACACGCAAUUAGUAGCAAUGAUCCUAUUCCUGUUGCUACAAUACAAUGCAGUGCUUUACAAUUCUACUCUUCAACACAUACAACAUGUACUCAUGACAGGGUAACAGCAUGCCAGGUACAGCAUACCAGGUACAGCAUACCAGGUACAGCAUGCCAGAAUUUAUAGCAACGACUCUUCUUCUGCCAUUCAACAUCAUUCUGUUAUUUAAAAUACAAUUCAUAUUGGAUUUUCAUUGAAAUUACAACCAACUGUCUCCUGUACACAAUUGGCAGUACAUGUGCUUGAGGUUCAUUUCAGCCCUGCCACCCUGGAUAACCAUCACUCAACCAUGGAUAACCAUCACCCAACCCUGGAUAACCAUCACCCAACCCUGGAUAACCAUCACCCAACCCUGGAUAACCAUCACUCAACCAUGGAUAUGCAGGUGCCGAUCCAAACAUGCUUCGCCAAGUGAUUUUGUUGGUACUGUAUUUCUUCCCUCGGAACUCUUCAUGAUCCUGAUCCUGCCUUUUAAAACAGUUACAAGUAUUAGUUGGCAACUGUGGGAAAGCAGAACAGUUGAUACUUGAAGUAUUAAUGCAUCGAAGCUUAGAACUUGCUUGGAAAAAGGCAGUUACUUGCUCACCGUAGCUGUAACAUUGAA